GCCGCUCCCCGCCCCCCAGGGGACAAGGGCUCGGAGAGCCGUAUCCGGCGGCCCAUGAACGCCUUCAUGGUGUGGGCCAAGGACGAGAGGAAAAGGCUGGCGGUGCAGAACCCGGACCUGCACAACGCCGAGCUCAGCAAGAUGCUGGGAAAGUCAUGGAAGGCGCUGACGCUGUCCCAGAAGAGGCCUUAUGUGGAUGAGGCGGAGCGGCUGCGCCUGCAGCACAUGCAGGACUACCCCAACUACAAGUACCGGCCCCGCAGGAAGAAGCAGGCCAAGCGCCUCUGCAAGCGCGUGGACCCCGGCUUCCUCCUGAGCUCCCUCUCCAGAGACCAGAAUGCCCUGCCGGAGAAGAGAAGCAGCGGCCGGGUGGCAGGGGAGAAAGAGGACAGGGGUGAGUACUCCCCGGGCACUGCCUUGCCCAGCCUCCGGGGCUGCUACCACGAGGGGCCCUCUGGUGGCAGUGGCACCCCGGGCAGUGUGGACACGUACCCGUAUGGGCUACCCACGCCCCCGGAAAUGUCUCCGCUGGACGUCCUGGAGCCGGAGCAGACCUUCUUUUCCUCUCCCUGCCAGGAGGAGCACGGGCACCCCCGCCGCAUCUCCCACCUGCCAGGGCCCCCGUACUCACCCGAGUAUGCCCCCAAUUCCCUCCACUGCAGCCACCCCCUGGGCUCCCUGACCCUCGGCCAGACCCCUGGGGUCUCUAUGAUGUCCACUGUACCUGUCUGUCCCCCAUCUCCUGCCUAUUACUCUCCUGCCACCUACCACCCACUCCAUUCCAAUCUCCAUGCCCACCUGGGCCAGCUCUCCCCACCUCCCGAGCACCCUGGUUUCGACGCCCUGGAUCAGCUGAGCCAGGUGGAACUCCUGGGGGACAUGGAUCGCAAUGAGUUUGACCAGUAUUUGAACACUCCUGGCCACCCGGACUCUACCACAGGGGCCAUGUCUCACAGUGGGCACGCUCCAGUCUCUCAGGUGACACCAAGUGGCCCCACAGAGACCAGCCUCAUCUCCGUCCUGGCUGAUGCCACAGCCACGUACUACAACAGCUACAGUGUGUCCUAGAGCCGGAGGCUCUAGGUCAGCCCAGCCGCGCUGCCCUGUCCUUCCCAUGCACUGAGCAGGGCAGAGAGAUGACGCAGUCAUGGGCAGGGAGUUCCGAGUGGCCCCACGCCUUCAUCCUAAAGCUGGUACCUGGUGCUAGUGAUCAAGGGCCCCUGGCCCCCUGCCACCGGGCCACUCCCUGUACCUGCAUUCUGACUGUAUUCCUUCAAGCGAAUUCCCACCUGCUCCAUCCUGGGAAUAAGGCCAUCCAGUCGCUGAGAGGUGCUGUCUCCUACCCAGGAGAAUCUUCGCUGACCUCUCCUUGUCUCCAUCCUUGAAAGAAAAUGUAAAGCCAGCAGUGUUCAGACCUCUCCUGCUCUGGCCCAACCACAUGGAGUACAGCCGACCUAGUCUUCGAGUCCUCCACAUAGGAAGAGCCCUGGGCCGGGACCCGGGGGCCUGGGAUCCAGUCCCAGUUCUGCUCCAGACGUUGAUGAAACCCCAACACUCCUCUCCUUGCCUUCCAGCCCAUUCCUCCGUCUGCGAACAGAGGGACAGACUUGAUUGCCAAGGUUCCUUCUGCUCCACGGCUUUCUGGUUGGGGAUUCUCUCAAGGUUAGCUAAGUGAGAAUGAGAAAUUGGACUCAUUAAUGAACCCAUGAACGUGGUAGCUCCAUGCGCAGGACCCAAGGACACGAUACCCUUUGCACUCUCUCUACCCUCCCUUCCAAAUCACCAUCGAAUUCCGGAAGGACUGUCCUUUUCCAAUUGAAAAACAUUCACUCUGAUUUGGGAAAUUAACCAGAAUGGUUGACUGCAUCACUAAAAAUGAGAUUGAACUUCAACUUUUUAAAAAUAUAUUUUUAAGCUAAGUUUCAUUUUAAUUACACAUGCACUUCAAGAGAGUCUACACAGUCUGAAAUACACAGUGAGUGUAGGAAGAGACACCCCUUCCCAUUGACGUACACCCUCAAAUGCAUAUCUGUGCCACCCGAAUCAGAUUUUCUUACUAACGAUGGCGACUUCUCAUGAACUCCCUGCUCCUGACAUCCCGAAGAGCCAGCUACCUGAAGGGUCUACCUACAGGGUGCUACAGCCAAGCAGCGUCUCUUUCUUGCAGUCUGGCUGUUGACCUUUCCAGCACCAUUUCAGCACCACACUUUCCCCUCUGUAGUCGCAAAAGAUUCCUUCCUUCCCGUCUCCAGCUCCUUUUCCUGGAAUUUCUUUUCCUCUUCUUCCUUGCUCUCUCUCUCCCCCCAAAUUGGUCCCUAAUUCAAAGAGCCUCUAAUAUAAAAGUUCAAGCUAGAUUCCCCAACUACGAUGGGCAUUUGUUUUCCUCACCAGCCAGCUGGUCCUUCAGCGACGUUCUCAGCCAUCAUUUUAGAGCAACUUGCGGGCAAAACCUUCCUUACACCGACUUCCCCCAAAUCAGAAACUCACUGUGAUCCCAGACAUGUUUCUGAGUCCUGGCUCCACCCCCAAAACAUUUCCAUCCUCCCCCCAACGCUCCUUUGAAGGAACACACCUGACAGAGAGCUGAAAGACAGUUAUUUGUCUUUCGAUUUCAGCAUAUUAUUAUUGCCUUUAUGAAAUGUGUUUUAUAUAUCUUCCUAUUGUUUUCGCCUUCUAUUUUGUAU